GCUCAGAAUAGUCAUUCUAUUCCGAAAUGUGUGGCAGUGAAGUCACUUACAAAACAAUAUCCAGUUAAAUUACACUCGAUAAAAUGUUGGAAAAUAUCGUACACUUCGUGUUUGGUGCUCCAAAGGAGGAGCCGAAAAAAGAAGAUGAGCAUUUCGGGGACCAGCUCGUGGUCAGCCUUUUAGCCGUUGCCACUCUCGUGUAUCUAUACAUAUAUUUCAAGAAGCGGGGACGCGAAGCCACGCAGAUCGAGGAGCCCGAUGAGCUCGAGGAAAUCUUCAAUUGAGCCACCAGAUAAAGUGAAAUUCAAAUUAUGGAGAAAGUGUGUCAAGAAAAUCGAUGGUCAAGCAGAAGCAAUUAGCAAAUAAAUUCAUUAAACUGAGUAGCUCUCAUCAUGGCAAACUAAGCAUCGAAAUCUGUGUUUCUUUCAAGCGGUCUCUGUGGCAUUUUUGAAUACCCAGGGGUCUAGACUCUAGAGGUAUAUUUCAGGGCAACAUUAGCGGUAUACUUUGAUUUUGACUUUUCGGGAACAGUUGGCGUUCGAUUUUCAGUAAAUCGAUAACUCAUCGCAUCGCUUGUCAAUGUGUCAGUGUGUCAAUGACGCGCACAAAAGUUAUUUCUUGCGGAAAAGCCACUGCGCCUGUGUACAACUCUGCUAACUCUUCAGCUGCGCGAUGAGCUACCAACACUACAGGGCCACCACGUUGGGCACUACGCUCCAGGAGACUUUGGAGGAGAUGAUUCAGAGCGGUGAAAUAACCCGCGAGUUGGCCAAUGCGGUCCUGCAAAAAUACGACAAGAGCGUUACGAAAGCAUUGAGCAAACAGGUCACGAGCAAUAUCAACUUUACGGCCGGAACACUGCAAACCUACAGAUUCUGCGACAAUGUGUGGACCCUGAUCCUCAAGGAUGUGGAGUUCCGCAAGGGCCAGGAGGUUCUGCAGGUAGACGCGGUCAAAGUCGUCGCCUGCCUCGGCAAAAGCGAUUAAAGCGCACUGAAAGUUGCUAGCAACUAACCCCAAGUA